AUGGAGGGUCAAGAUGGAUUCAAUAACAAUCCCAACAAGUUUGCUAGAACAAGCUCUGGUUUGUCUACUAAUUCAAAGGAUGAAUUUGAUGCUGCGAUUGCCACCCUAGCCGCUACUACCAUAAAUGUCACCAUCAACAAUGAUAACGUCAUUAAUGCUGACAAUAAUAAUAAUGACCUUAGUGAACAACAAGAAGUCAUUGAAUCAUCACCAUGCAUUAUCCGUAGUCAAAAUCAACAUAUGCCCAUAACAAAUGUGACUCGCAUCAUGCGCAAAGUACUCCCUCCAAAUGUCAAGAUUGCUGAUAAUGCGAAGGAGUUUAUCCAGGAGUGUGUCACCGAAUAUAUUAGCUUCAUUACUAAUGAAGCUAAUGAUUAUUGUCAUCAUGAACAACGUAAAACUGUGUCGGCUGAGGACCUUAUUUUGGCUAUGGAAAGACUGGGUUUUGACAAUUAUGUUGAGCCUCUCAUUUGUUAUCUAAACCGCUACAGAGAGAGUGAAAGUCGAAGUAAUUCAAGUCCUAAACAACCCAUCACAAUGCAUGACCAUCUGGAUCGUCGACAACCUGUUUACUACAUAGGGCCUCAACAAGGCUUUUACGAUCCAUCAGCUGGGACAUACUUGAGAGAUGACUCUAGCUCCGGAUCAGGUGCAAAUGGAUCCUCCUCUCAAGCGAAUAAUAAAUUUUCUGGUUUUGAUUUUGAUCCAUUUGUUCAAUUUAAAUGA